AUGGCUUCACAACAUAUGCAAUUAUUACAAUCAUUUCGAAAAGUUAUACCACCACUUUUAUUUGAUACACAUAAAGGUGAAGCUGGUCGUAUUGGUGUUGUUGGUGGAAGUGAAGAAUAUACAGGUGCACCAAUAUUUGCUAGUAUGGCAGCAUUUCGAACAGGUGCUGAUCUUGUUCAUGUUUUUUGUGCAAAAAGUGCUGCUAUACCAAUAAAAAGUUUUUCACCUGAUUUAAUUGUACAUCCACUUCUUGAUUCACCAUCUUUUUCGGAUGAUAUAGAUAAAUGGUUACCACGUUUACAUGCAUUAGUUAUUGGUCCUGGAUUAGGACGUGAUGAAAAAAUUUUAUCAAAUGUUGAACAAUUAAUUGGUAUUUUACGUAAACAAGAACAUCCCAUACCAAUUGUUAUUGAUGCUGAUGGUCUUCAUUUAAUAACUGAAAAACCACAUCUUAUAAAUAAUUAUGAAAAUUGUAUAUUAACACCAAAUGUUAUUGAAUUUGAACGUUUAUAUGCAAAAGUAACAGGUGUAAAAUCUGACGAAAUAAAACAAGAAAAUGAUAAAAGAAAAUUAGCACAAAAAUUAGCUGAAACACUUCAUGUUAAUAUUCUUAUGAAAGGACAUUUAGAUACGAUAUCUUCACCAAAUAGUCAAGAACCAAUACAAAGUGGUAUUGACGGUUCACCAAGACGUUGUGGUGGUCAAGGAGAUUUAUUAGCUGGAGCUUUAGCUACAUCAUAUUGUUGGGCAAUAAAAAAUCGUGACAAAAUUGAACAUCAAUCAUCAAAUUCAGAGAGAUCACCAACAAGUAAUGAACGUAUAAAUUAUUUAUCUAAAUCAACUCCAGCUCAAGUAGCGGCUUAUGCUGCAUCAACACUUGUUCGUACUGCAAGUCAAGGAGUUUUUAAUAAACUUGGUCGCUCAAUGAUUAGUGCAGAUAUAUUAAAAGAGAUCGGACCAACAUUUAAUAAAAUUUUUGAAAAAUAG